CGCUUCUGCUAUGACAAAUCAUAAAUAAACAUACCUAUUUUAUUUGAAUAUCAUAGCUUAAGUGAAUGUUUUUUUUAUCAAAUUUAAAAUUAAAAAUAUGCCGAAAUAUUACAGGUUCAGAGCCACUACGCCUACUCGCAAGGCAAGGCAAAUUAAGGAGAAAGAUAUUAAAACGGAAGUGCAAAAAAGGCCCGAGCAUCCAUACAAUCUGCCUGAAGACAUCCUCGGCCUGACACUAGUGUGCGCGGCGCCAUCUUGGUAUCUGCGCCGCACCGCGUGGCGCGAGAGCCCUACGAUCGCAGGCCCGCUGCGUCAGCUCUCGUCUGUUGCUGGACGCGCCAUCUUCAUAGUCAAGCCGUCUUGGUGAAGGCUACGCC